AAAUACUUUUGUAAAAGGGAAUUCCCAUUGUAAGGAAGAUAACUCUCAAAACUUUCAUGUAAUCAUUCGUAAAAGAACUUUCAAUUUAUUUGCAAUACAAAACUUCUCUCGUUUAUAAAAUCUAGACUCAGACUAGAGUCUAAUGGCUUGAUAAUUUAACUUUUAUUGAUUUCUCUCCGUUGUGUUACCACUGAUCUAGGUUAAGAUCUAAAAUCUAAUCUAGAAGUAGAACCUAAGUCCUAGAUCUACAUAACAGUGACUCAGUUACUGAGUUAGUCAGUUGUCAGUAGUGAGUACAGUGAGUGCCAUUGAAAUUUGAGUAUGAAUAUGAUUUAUUCAAUUAUUGAUUAUGAUUGAGUCAUGAUGAUUAAGAUACACUAACACUCAGUGGACAAGAAGUUGAUGGACUGAUGUCUGUAGUUGCAAUGGAAUUGUGUUCAGCUUAAUGUUUAUAAACAUAUAGGAACUUUUAAAAUACAAAAAAGAAAAAAAUACAUGCUAAAAGUAUUUUUCUUUGGGAGUCAUUGCCCACAAUCAACAGAAUGUUUUGCACCCGUUUAAAAAAUAUAUAUUUAUUAUGUCAUAAGCAAUCACAAUCAUUUGGUCUCCUUAUGAAUCUCCUUUUUAAACCAUGGACAAUAUCAUAUGUCUCUUAUAAUAGAAGUUACUCCAAAAUAAUUCAAAUCAGUCAAAGAGAUUAUUCUGACACAGUUGAUUACUCCUGUAAAAACAAGACAUUUUUGAGUCCAUUUGAUAAGAGUGUACACAAAAAUCUGGGGUCAGAAAACUAUAACAGUUCAGAAAAGGUUCUGCCUGCUCAGAAAAUAACUUCAACGUUUGCUUCACACAAUGAGAAAAACCAUCCAACUAUUCUGUUGGACGAUCCUCAAGAGAUGACAGCAUUAUCUAUGGAGAAAAAAAUACUAUCGUAUCUAGUCCAGAAUUGGGAGCUGGAGAAAGCAAGUGAGACGCUAAAAACAUUUUUAAGUCAUGGAACUGUACCUGAUCGACAAAUAGUAUUUGAUAUGUUUGAACAUUUGGCAUUUCUUGGACAGGUUGAUAACUUAUUGAAUCUUAAUGAGCAUCUUAAAGAACAUUCUUUGAUUUCUAACUUGGACUUUUUGAGGUGUUUGCACUAUGCCUAUUGUAACAGUGGAAGAAUCUCUGAUGGUGUUGAAAUGAUCCGACAUUUAUUUGAUUGUGUGUGUCAUGGCACACAGAAAGAAUUAGACGCAGACAUUUUCUUUAACUUGUUAACAACAAAGAUCAUUCUACAUUUCCCUCAUCGUUUGAAGCUGAUUCAGAAUUUCAUAAAUGAAAUGGAAACAAAGCAUCCCAAUUUGAAAGCCUCCCUUUGGUGCUGCUAUGUCCAAGCAGAACAAUUCGCCCAGGCAGACGAAAUGUUGAAAAAAUAUGCGCCUCUUAAAAAGUUAAUACCUGCUCAGGUGACCAAACUGGCCCAGUACUAUGGUUCUCUAGACUUUAAUGUAGACUCUGUGUUGAUGUGGAUCCUUCGACAGACUUACAUAAAGCCAGGCUUGAAAUCGAGUGUCUUUGAUGUGCUUCUUAUUUAUACAUGCAAAAUGCAGGAUUGGAAUAAAGUCUUUCACUAUUUGUUAUAUGCCAGGAAAGAACAGAUUAAACUACACCAACAAACUUUAGAUUUUUUUCUAAAUGAAUUUCUGAAUGAAUUUUCUGAAAGGACAAUAAAGGAUCUUUCUCACUGGAGUGACUGGACACGAGAUGGCUACUAAGAGAACUGCCAAAUAUCUUUGUUUAACCCCAUUACCUGUGCUUGUUGUUAACUUCAAGUUCAGGAAAGUUGGCAGCACAUUAGGCAAGUGGCGUGUUCAGGCUGAUGUUGACAAUACCUAAAGGGAAAUCAUGGUCAAUUAGUGGAGAAACAAGUUAACUACUGUACAAGUGAAAUCCUCUAGUAGAAUAGAUAAGUGUUGUUGGCACAUAUUUCAGUUUUUAUGGCACCAUGGCUGACUCUAAGGCCAACUCAUCACUCUAAGGCCUCAGAUCAUCAUCAUCAUCAUCACUCCUUUGAGUUCCUCGUGGAACAUAGGGCCUCGACAAAAACACGCCACUCUCCACGGUCUCUUGCUAGCUUUUUGAUGGUGUCCCAGCUCUUCCCGUUCUUCUCUGCUUCUUCAAGUACACUGCGUCGCCAGGUUCUUUUUGGUCUUCCUCUGCGUCUUGUUCCCUGGGGGUUCCACUCUAAGGCCUGCCUAGCUCUGUUGCUGGUAUCUUUUCUAAGGGUUAGAAAAUAUGCACUCUUAUAAUUGAAAAGAUAGAUCAGGCCUGAAAUAUUUUCUUCUUUUUCUGCAAAGCUAAUGUAUUAUGUUAUUUGCCUUCCACAUACCAGGUUUGAGAAUUAUGUAAGUUGCUCUCUACAUAUGAGGUUUGAGGAUUAUAUAAGUUGCCCUCUACAUAUGAGGUUUGAGGAUUGUUAAUUGCCGUCUAGAUAUGAGGUUUGAGAAUUAUGUAAGUUGCCCUCUACAUAUGAGGUCUAUGGUGAUGAUGAUAUUUCUAAUUCGCUUGUCACAAUAUGCUUCAUGUGUUGCAUGUUCAUUGCAAAAUAAAUAAAUUAGGAUUUUGAAAUGUGCUGCUGUCCCAUAAAAUGAUACUGAGCAUUGUGAUUGUGUUGUCAGCAUGUGUCAAAGGACAAGGUACAGUAUUGGUAUGAACAUUACAUGUGAAUAUCACCCAUUACAUGGUCAUGUGAUCAUUUCUAUCACUUUCGAGAAGGCUACUGUUAGUCCACUGUGACGUCAGUCUGGUUCUGAGUCCACAGUGAAGUCAGUCUGGUACUGAGUUCACAGUGAAGUCAGUCUGAUACUGUUAGUCCACAGUAAAGUCAGUUGGGUACAAGAAGUCCAAAAUAUAGUGAGAAAGUUACAGUUCAAAGUUCAAGACUCCACAGAGUUACUGUAAAAUAUUUUGUGAUGCCAAUUUUAAAGUAUUUGGCUGGUAUUCAUUAUAUUUAUUAAAAUAUUAUGUUUUAUUGGAGCCCUAGUUGUCAAGUUCUUGAGUUGUUUUGUGCAGAGAUACUGUUAGAGAGGAACGUAACAUCAAGUUGAGUCUAGUCAGUAGUUUUUAAGUUGUUUUUUUUUAUAUAUAUAUGAAGUGAUAAGAAUUUGCUUAUUGGUGCCCUAUUUAACCCAAGCUGUAGAACAUCAAGCAAUCCCUAGAACAUUAUUAAUUGUAGUCUUUCCAUCUUAUGCCCAUGAUGGAGCACAGGCACUUUUUCUGGUAACAUUUUAAGAAGCCUUUAUGGAUGUUUGUAUAGCACUUUAUUUGCUUCAAACAAUAAUUCACCAUUGGUCAAUUAUACUCACCUUGUUCACAAAGUGAUCUACACUAGACCAAGGGAGUGGACAUUCACUGUCAGUAUUCCAUUGAAAGAUAACUGGGCAUGACCUUCGUUUUCCUGAGGCUGAUGGUCAGACCAAGCUAAGGUUCAGCAAAUGUUUGUGAAAAUGUUUUCCAUGUUUCAGAUAUUCCUUCAGAGUUGAAAUAAUUUAUUUCCUAGUCCUAACCUCCCGCAGGACGUCAGUGGGAAGGGAGUGGGCAGGGUUUGAAACCGGGAUAAUCGAUAACUCUGAACAACAGUCCAAUCUUGGAAGACAACGGCCACCCGCUCCAUCAGAACUACGCUAGGUUGUCGCGAAGUGGGCGACUGCUGUCAAUCAUAACAAGAACGGAGCAGUACAAAAACUCAUUCGUACCUCACUCGGUCAGACUCUAUCACCGUCACUCAUUGAUCAGGGAACAUGAAAUGCACCAAGAUACCUGUGUGUAGUCGCUGAAUGAACUAUUUAUGUUGUCUGUUGUAUUUAUGUGUAUUUUUCUUUUGUGUUGUCUUUAUAUGAGAAAUGAGUCCUUGUAAUCACAACAAAUUUCCGUAAGGAUCAAUAAAGCAGUCUUAGUCUUAGUCUUAGCGAGCAAACCACACGACCAAGCAGCCAAAGAAAAGUUCAGAGACUUAUCUUCUUUUUUAGUUUUAGUAUGGUACAAUGGGCACCCUAUGUUAAAUAGACUGUCACUGAGCAGAUGUGCCUUUAUGCAAUCCUUGCUUUAUUUGACCCCCAAGAAAAUAAUUCAAUUAGGAAAAAAAAAUUCACAAGCCACAAAGAAAAUUGAGAUUGCAAAUCACUUGCAUUGAAAUGGAAAGAAACAAAGUAUGCAAUAUGUUGAAUAUUUGCUGAAUGAUUAGAUUUGUAAAUGUAUACUUUGUUAGAAUCAGGCUUUUCACCAGGAAGGGACAAACAGCGGCCCCAACAAAUAAAAGGAAGGGGGUGGCAGUCAAGAUUUAGUUUAAAGCAUCUUUGGGAUGGGAAGCGUGGUCGAGAGGCUAAGUGCGCUUGAACUUGGCUUGUCUUGGCUACCUAGAAGGGGGCUCGAGGUUCGACACCCGACUCGGGCAGAGUUGCGUUUACUGAGCGCCUAAAGGCAGCACGGAAAACUAACUCCUAGAUACCCCCUCCCCCCCACCGGUCCACAAAUGAGAUUGGACCAAAGCGCUCUGAGCAUGCUAUAAGCAUGAAAGUAGCGCUAUAUAAAAGCUAUAAUAAUAAUCUUGUACAUGUGUUUGAUCUGGUUGUGUAAGGUUGGUAUAUUUCUGGUAACAGGCCUAUGAGAAUAUUUGAUUUGCAUUCUUUUGCAAUUAAUGUAUGGUUGAGUUUGUUAAUAUUUGUAAAGAUUUACUGAGCAUUAAAGCAUUACAUUUUAGUGAUGUGACACUUAGUUUAGAACUGGACCCUUUAGAUGUAUUCUUUAGAAAGCAAAUCAAAAGUUGAUCAUUACUAUGUUAAUGGACCAAUCGUAAACAAACAACAUUUAGUCACAUGAUCUUAUUGAUAAAACAAACAAAAAAAAACUGUCACGUAACAACCAUCAUAAAUUAAACAUGAGAUCGUAAAUUAUAUAGAAGAGAUAGAGCACCACGUGGCUAAAUGUUGUUAACAAUUGGUGAAUGAGGUCCAUUUCUCUUACUGC